AUGUUUAUAAAAUCUGCUAAACAGCUUAUAACUAAAUAUUAUAUCUUAAAUAAAGAAAAUAAGCAGAUGCAAAAUGAUCUAGAUCACUCGCAUAAAGAAAAUGAGCAUAUACAAAAUGAUUUGGAUUACUUGCAUGAAGAAAAUGAGCAUAUGCAAAAUUCUAUAAAUCAAAUUAUCUCCCUAACUAAACAGCUAAAUGAUUUAAAUAAUAAGCUUGGCUCCCAAAUUACUUGCGAACAAAAGUCUCGUGCUAAUCUUAAUACCAAGCAGUUAAAAGAAAUAGAAUCACUAAAGUCUGAGAUUAAUUUGAAGGAUUUUGAAAUUAUCUCUUUUGAGGCUAGAAUAAAUGAAUUGGAGGCUGAGUUAGAACAAAUAGCACAAAAAGCUUUAUUAAAGAAUACCGAUACUACCCUGUCACUUUAUGAGAUUAAGGUGAAGAAAUUGAAAAAUGAACUAGAGCAAGUUAUGCAAAAUUUAUCAUUUAGGGAUGGAUUAAUUUUCUGUCUCCAAUCUAGGGUAAGUGAUCUGAAAGAUGAACUAGAACAGAUCUCUCUAAAACCAGAUUCAUCAUCUAAUGAUUUAAAAACAGGUGGCGAUGCAGUAGAAGAGAUAUCCGGUUUCUCUAAAACACCCUCUUUUUCUUCACACCACUCAGAGCCUGAACCUGAUAAAAGCAAAGUAAAAGAUGUG